AUGCGCGGCGGCGGGCGCAGGCGCAGGAGUGGGGAGGGCCCGGCCGGGCCCAGUAUCCCCUUCCCUUGUCUCCCUCUCCCUGCAGGCGGCCUGCACUACGAGCUGACUGAGGGGGAUGUCAUCUGCGUGUUCUCACAGUAUGGAGAGGUUGUCAACAUUAACCUGGUGCGGGACAAGAAGACCGGGAAGUCCAAAGGGUUUUGCUUUCUGUGCUAUGAGGACCAGAGGAGCACCAUUCUCGCUGUUGACAACUUCAAUGGGAUCAAGAUCAAAGGACGGACGAUUCGAGUGGACCAUGUGGCCAACUAUCGGCCCCCCAAGGAAUCUGAUGACUUAGAUGAUGUUACAAAAGCCCUCCAUGCAAAGGGUUGUGGAGUUAAAACACCCCCUCAUACGUCUUCCGAUUCCCUGUCGGAAGAUGAGGAUGUGCUCAUAAAAAAGCAAAAAGAUAAGGAGAAAAGUAGACAGGAGCGGCAAAAGCAGAGCUCGCAGGCUGUGAAGAGGCCGGUGUCCACAGAGGAGGCACACCCAAGAAUCAAGAUAAAGAAGGAGAAGGAAGACCCUGGCUAUGACCGCUACGCCAGUGGGAGCCAGCAGCCCUCUAAGGGCUUGGAGAGGAAACCUGUGAGCAGGAUGCAGCGAGAAGAGGAAGAGCGGAGGCACCAGAGGCCUUCAGAGAGAAAAGGGGAAAAGAGCUUCCAGGACCAGAGGGGACAAAGCAGUUUGUGGGAAGAGAGGGAGAAGAGAGAGGAGGCUGUCAGGAAGGGCGACGGGCACAGCAGCCGGCGAGAAGAGGGUCCUGAGGGCGGCCGAUCCCGGGAGCGCAGCGCCAGGGAAACCCAUCCCAGGCACAGGGAGCGGGGCUCCGCAAGAGACUCCAGCCGCUACCGAGUCCUGGGGUGAGCACUCGAGGGGCUAAGGGAUGCCCCAAACCUGCCCACAAACCUGCGCAGAGCCUCCCUGUCUCACUUGGGGCAGGGGAAGCGCCGCGGCUGGACCGUGGUUUUUCAUUCCAUCCUUGCACCCCUGCUGCAGACCGGGACAUGAAUUUUGUUUCCUCCUUCAGCCCUUCUUGCAACAUUGGACUUGCAGGUGUGCUGGGACGCUGUGCUGUGGCAUGAAGGUGCCUGCUGGAAGCAGGAGGAUGCUCUUCCCAAAAUUGCUCAGUUCUGUCAGUCCUGGGGCGGUGCCCCCAGUGCACUGCAGGGACAGACCAGGGUGUGGCUUGACCUCAUGCACCAGCUUUGGGUCCUGAGCCCACCCAGCGCAGAUCCUGCCUUCUGUGAUGGAUCCCCAGAGCUGUGUUGGGGCCGUUUACUGUUGCGUGGUUUGUUUAAAAUACUCUUAAAUAAAAGUUAACCAGGAGCUAGCCCUGGUAGCAGUGUUUCCA